AUGGAUACAAAAACGACCGUGGUUAAAUCUAAGUCAUCAAACGGUGGGGUUUCAAAUAAGCGAGAAAAACAGAAGUUCACUAAAAGUGAUGCAGAAUUUCAACCAUUAUGUAUGAAAAAACGCGGCGUAUAUGUUGAAAACAAAGAUGAUAAACUUAUUGACAUUUAUGAAAAUAAUGAUGCCGAAACUAAGAAGAAACCCCCGCCACGACCACGGCCAGGCCAAAAGAAGUUCCUUACAUCCGUUCUUAAUAUAUUGUCUAAAUCAACCACCGGUACACAAUAUCCAGAUAGCGAACAGAUUAGACCCAGGAAGAAAACUAGCAAGUUACAGAAAAAAAGAAAUCAAGAAGCAUACAGCGAUGAAUAUAUUGAAACAACAAUUAAAACGAAAAAACCAAAGUACAAGUCAAAAAUAUUAAAUGGUGACAGCUAUAUUUCAUUCAACGAUAAAUUUGUUGUUUUACAAUCAAAAAAAGAAAUUAUACACACUCCAUCCAAUUUCUCCGAAAACUUUCCAAUAAGUGAGUCAACUAAUCCUAUAAGAGAGCUAUUGGAAAAUAAUAUUUAUAGUGGUGUAGCCGAGGGUUUAGCCAAGGAAAUACUAGAAGGACGAUCUGAAACUCCUCUUAUCAAUCCAGACGAUCCUUCGACAUUAGUCGCAGACACACCAAAAGACGAUAAGAAAAUAUACAACUUCUUUGUUGAUUUACUUGAAACCACAUUCGAUGUAUAUAAUGUAGAAACUGAACAGGCGAAAUCCAAAGACUCAAUUUUGGAGAUUGAAGAAACAGUGGCCAAAAAAUUGAAUUUUAACAUCGAUACACCUGAAAGGGAGGAAUGUCACGAUCACGAUCAUGAUCUGAAGUUUCAAAUACAGGAAGAUAAGAUAUAUGAACCGGUUUACACGAACCAAAGGCCUAAAGCUAAAAGGAAAUCGCCAAAACGUUGCCUUCACUCUCGUUCAUUCGUAUACUCUCAACCACUUCCGAAAUCGAAAAGUCUUGUCAUAAAGAAGAAACCACAGACUCAGCAAUCUAAGAAAAAUGAACUAUUGAACACAAUAAAAGAAGAACUAAAGAUGGAUUUCAUGACAUAUGAGGAGCCGCAAAACUUAUUUCAGGCUUUACGAAACAUGGCGAAAUAUAAAAGAAAGUGCCAGGGAAAAAAAACAAUACAUUUCGAACAAAAUGAAAGCAAUCUUAAUGAUGAAUGCAUUUUCAGUCGUGAUAUAUUUUCACAUAAAAAGAUAGGAAAUCGUAAAAUCCGAAAGGAAAAAUUUAAAGUCGAGAAAGAAGCUCACUCUGUUGCAAAAAUUUUUAAACCUAAAAAGGACCCAGAUAUUAAUAAUAUAUCUAGUCAUUCAUUAAAGGUUUACGAUAUUGAGUAUGAAAAUAAUGAUGACGACCCAAAAUACAUCACAGGCUCUCAUAAUAUCUCUGAAGUUGAUGAUUUUAAUGGAUCUUUUGGAAUUUCUGCCUCUUCUCUAGAUAUAAAGGGAUUUUAUUCAUUAAUUCAAGAUUAA